UGCAACGGAAGAACGGAAACGGCCCUUCCACCCUUUGGCUGUGGGGCUCUCCUCUGAAGUUUGACCACCAUGAAUUUUUCUGAACCGUUUAAAGUCUCCAAUCACUUGUGCAAAUUUUCUCCGGAUGGGAAAUACCUGACGUCUGGAGUACAGUACCGUUUGGUGAUCCGAGAUGUCAGCACCCUUCAAGUCCUGCAACUCUUCACCUGCCUGGACCAAAUCCAGCACAUCGAAUGGUCUUCCGAUUCCCUGUUUAUAUUUUGCGCAAUGUAUAAGCGUGGAAUUGUGCAGGUCUGGUCGUUGGAACAGCCGGAUUGGCACUGCAAAAUUGACGAAGGCUCGGCUGGGUUGGUGGCCUCGGCUUGGAGUCCCGACGGGCGUCACAUCCUGAACACCACCGAGUUCCACCUGCGGAUCACCGUCUGGUCCCUGUGCACAAAGUCAGUCUCCUACAUCAAGUAUCCCAAAGCUUGUCAGCAGGGCAUCGCCUUCACGAAAGAUGGCCGCUACCUGGCCCUGGCCGAACGGAGAGACUGCAAAGAUUAUGUCAGCCUCUUUGUCUGCAGCGACUGGCAGCUUUUAAGGCAUUUUGAGACCAACACCCAGGAUGCUGCAGGAAUUGAGUGGGCGCCCAACGGCUGCGUGUUGGCAGUGUGGGACAGCUGCCUCGAGUAUAAAGUUCUGCUCUACUCCCUUGAUGGACGUCUCCUUUCGACGUACAGCGCUUACGAAUGGUCCUUGGGCGUGAAAUCUCUGACUUGGAGCCCCAGCAGUCAGUUCUUGGCAAUUGGCAGCUACGAUGGAAAGGUACGGAUUUUGAACCACGUGACCUGGACGAAGGUUGCAGAAUUCGACCACCCGGUUGAUGUCACUAACUCAAAAACCGUUGUCUACAAGGAGGUAGAGAAGGCCCCUGCUGUGAACCUGCAGAAGUUGACUUUCCCCCCCAGCCAGAGAAUGGCGAGUGCCCUUUUCAGCACAAAGACAAAGUAUGACGCUGUCCAAGCCCCCGUUUCUUUGCACCACGUCAAACCUCCAGCGGACCGGGCGAAUCCUAGAAUUGGCGUUGCAAUGUUAGCUUUCAGUUCUGAUAACAGUUUCCUCGCAACCAGAAACGACAACCUCCCAAACAGUGUCUGGAUCUGGGAUGUUCAAAAGAUGAAACUCUGCACGGUCCUGGAGCAUUUAGGUCCAGUUCAACUGUUCCAGUGGGAUCCCCAUCAAUCUCGGCUUGCUAUGUGUGCUGGGAAUUCUAAAGUGUAUCUCUGGUCUUUAGCUGGAUGUACAUCAGUACAGGUACCGAUGGAAGGUGACUUCAAGGUGACUUCACUUUCCUGGCACCCCAGUGGGGGCUCCCUGAUUCUUCUCAGCAAGGACAAUUUCUGCCUGUGUUACUUAGAAAGAGAAGGAGACGCUGCGGAAUAGCUACACCCAAAGCGAAGCUAAGUGAAAGAUUUAAAAAAAUAAUCACUUGCUCUUACUUCCAGUUCUCUGUUAGGAGGAAAAAAAAAAGGCCAUCUUGGUUUGUUAGUCCCUCUUUCGUUCUGGGGACAAACAUGUACUUUAAAUCUGUACAUCAAAACGGACAGGCCAGAGACUUAGUUUUGGAUUUAUUUUCCACAGAACGCCCAAGCCAUCUAUGGAGUCCCCCAGCAGUAGGAAUCUGGUAUUUGAACUUAAAAGAUGUGUGUUUCAUGGCACGCCACCUGCAUUGUUUCUCCGGUUUUCAAUAAAGGUGUAUGUUCUGUAAA